AUGCCCUCUCAACCCAACUUCCAUCGCACACCACAGGGAACCUUUGGGGUGUGGAGCGUUGAGCCAGAGGAUGUGGUGGAGGUGUGGAGCUACCGAGCCUCACUCAGCGUGGUGGCCGCAGCCUUCUGCGCCGGCACGCUGGCGGCGCUGGCUCCAGAGGAUGCCAGCUGGGCGGCAGCGCUGCAAGGCGGCGGCACCUGGCUAGCAGUGGCAGGCGGCAGCGGCAUGGCCGUGGCUACGGCGCUGAUCCACAUCUACGUCGCACCCAUGAAGCGGCUGCUGCAGGCGCUGCUGGCGGCGGGCGCUGCGGGGGCGGCGUACCUGGCGGCAGCGCACCCCGACGUGCCGCUGCCGGCCUACGUGGCAGCCCACCCCGACGCCGUGUGGCUGGUGGGCCCCGCCUUUGCCUCGCUGACCGGCAUCUGCUUCAAGGAGGGGGUUUGCUAUGGCAAGCCGGAGAGCCUUGCCCUGGCUCUCCUGAUCCCAUGCUGGCUGCUGGGGCACCUCAGCGGGCUGGUGCCGCAGGCGGGGGAGCAGGGGCUGGCGGCGGCCACCGCGCUGCUGCUUGCGCUGUUUGCGGCGCGCAAGUACACGCAGCCGCUGAAGGACGACAUCGGAGACAAGUCUGUGUUUGAGUUCUACAAGCUGAGCGAGGAGGAGCAGCAGCGGCGCAUCCAGGAGAUGCGCCAGCAGGGCGUGAUUGGCGAUGAGCGGUGA